UGAAAUCGAACUGAAACCGUCGCCUCAGAUACUCAGAUCCACUCGACGAGAACGGUCGUAGCCUGCUGCCGUCGGAUGUCGGAUUUGUCUGCCGAGCAGUCUCGUAAAUGCAAAGAACCUCGAAGUUCCAAAAGAUUGUUGUUCUGAAGUGCUAAAGAAAGUGCUCAAGUUCCUGUGACCGUAGAGUUCUAAGUUCUGAGGGCGAAUGAUAGGAAGCCCAGUUAAUAAAGUUCGUGAGAUAUCAAUUCGCUUCUCCUGAUAUCUAAUCAGUUUUCGCAAAUAAUUUAAUAUUAACCGCGGUGAAGCAUCGUUCAAAAAUACAAAAAAUAAAAACAGACUGAAACGUUGUUUGUGGAUUACGCGCUCCCUCCUCCAAGAAUUCCCAAAUUUAUUUCUUCGGACCCAAGCUAUGGCAAGCGUCCAGCCGGAGAAACUCUACAUGCACCUGAGCGCAUCGGAGCUGGCGGCAAUUAUCAUGAAAGAUUCACCCAAUUCCAACGACCGUGAUGCGGGCUUUUGUUCCGCCAGUUCGGAGAGCGAAGGCGGCGACGAUCUGGCCGUCGAGCACGCCGCCGAGCACGGCAGUGCCAGUGGCCGUCCCGCUCCCAACUCACUCGCACCGAAGGAAGCGCCGGAAGAGCUCGGAUCGCCGGAGUGCAAGCCCAUCGCCCUGAUCCGCAACAAACGCAAGAGCUCGGAGCCCUCCAAAGUCGUCGGCACCAGCUCGGGGUCCGGAAGCCUGCCCUGCCCAUGCCCUGGCAGCUAUAGCAUGAAUGCCACGGGUCCGCUCAAGAAGCGCAUCCGCUACACCUCGUCCGCCGACUCUGCCGUAGUACUCACCCCUCCGGCGGUGGACUCGCCGCCCCUGGUCCUACCGAGUGCCGCCUCCUCCAUGCGCUUGCAGGAGCCCGUGGGUCCUGAGGCCAUGCCGAAUCCGGCGCACGUCUUUGUCCGCCAUCCGGGAGUCACCACGUUGCACAGGCCGUUUGCCCCCCACCCGGAGCAGCUGGAGCCCCUGGCUCUGGUCACCAAAAGAAAGUCCUCCACCGCCACAGACAGCGAUGUCAAGCCAGAGGCUGAGCUGAGUAGAAAGCCCCAAGCUCUGAAGAAAUCGCUGCAGAAGAAGGUGCCAAAGGUAGCGGCUACCUUGCCCCUGCAAGACCUCAGCCUGAGCCUCAGCGACGAGGACAAGGGCCACGCACCGCACCAGCUCCCACAGCACCCCAGCCAGCACCAGCAGCGAAACUACAAGAACAUGACCAGGGAGCGCCGCAUCGAGGCCAAUGCCCGGGAACGCACCCGCGUCCACACCAUCUCCGCAGCAUACGAGACCCUGCGCCGGGCAGUGCCCGCCUAUGCCAGCUCCCAGAAGCUCUCGAAGCUCUCCGUUCUGCGGGUGGCCUGCUCCUACAUCCUGACGCUGAGCCGGAUGGCCGGAGAGGACUACAGCGCCGACCAGUCGGAGCCCUCGAUCGCCGAGUGCAUGGAGUCCGUGACGGCGACGAUCCAAACGGAGGGCAAGGUGAAGCGCCGGAAGGACGAGUAAGAGGCGAACGAGUGCGUCCUGCAGCAUUCCGGCCAUAGGUCACAGGUGGCCAAAUAGCUUUAAAAGUUUUCAAAGCUUUGUUCGUAGUUGUAGCAGCCGGAUCCGGAUUCGGAUACGUUCGUUUUAAGAAACACCGAGGGGAAAUCAAUAACGCGCCAUAAGCACUUUCGGUAUGCCCAGUGUGAGCAUACCGCAUUGUACCAUAAACAUGGAUAUUUUUAGACCUAUAUUUAGCAUAGAGUAGAGCUAGCAGCGAUGUGAUCCUAAUUUAGAGUCGCUUUUAC